GCAGAGCAGGCCAGUCGCGUGUUUCUAACCUUGAAGAAGUGUUGGCGUGUUUUCGAGUCGGUGGCGGUUAAAGAAGCAGCAAAGUCAACUCGCUUUAUUCCUGGACCCUUUUACCUUCUCCUGACUUUUGGAAACAGGAAAAACUGACGAACCUUUUUAUUUGAGCUAUCUAAAUAUUUUCCUGCGAGUUUAGACCGUGAAGAAAAAGACUGAAUCUCUAAAAUGAGUCGGACGCUGGUGCUCAGCCUUGUGUUCUGUGCCGCGGUCUGUCUUCACCACGGGGCUGCCCUGCCUGCCACAGGCUGUGAGGGAGCAGAGUGCAACAGAAGCCAGGCCAUAUCUUCAUCCUCAUCCUCCUCUUUGGUUGGGAAAUCCCAGCAACCCUCCAAGGACUUCCUGGGGCAGUUUACCCAAGUGAGCUCACCAAACAGCAGGGACCAUAAACACCGCGACGCCAGCGCCGUCCUGCCCUUCAUCGGCCUCACAGGCAGUGCCGAGCAGAGUCGUAGCUGCUGUAAGAACGGAGGAACCUGCAUCCUGGGCAGCUUCUGCGCCUGCCCUCCCUUCUUCACAGGGCGGAGCUGCGAGUACGACCAACGCAUCAGGAGCUGUGGUUUGAUUCCUCAUGGUGAGUGGGUUCAGAAAGGAUGCUCUUACUGUCGCUGUGGUUACGGCAUGCUGCAUUGCUUCCCCCACGUCUUCCAUAAAGAUUGUGAUGACUCUGAAGAGGUGCGUUGGUAUAGUUCGUCAGCUGUCAGGACAGUUCAGACAGGCUGCUUCCUGCAUCAUCUGACGCUGCUUCUCCUCCUGCUUCUCCUCCUCUGAUGGUUUUAAAACAAUAUGUUGGACACCAGCACCAGGACUUUUGAGCUGUGGGCUGCUGCUUCAGAACUAAAGAUCAGUUUCCAAACUCACUCAGAGCUCCAUAAACUUUUAGAAAAUAUUUAUUAUAUUUUGUCCACAGCUGAAGUACACAGUGGUAGCACAGUAAUGGAGGAGUAAAAUGUUGUUUGAAAACGGGAAAUCAGGAGUUGUUCCUUGAUAAGUGUUGUUGUGUACAGGAGGUGCAUCCUAUUUCAGGCUCCUUUUUUGAAGGACGUGCCAAUGAAAUGGGUGGAGAUCUUUUUGAAGACUUAAUUUUUAAUGGGCUUACCAUACCACUGAACCAACUUUAACAUUUUCAAGAAUUAGUAAGUCAAGUUGACCAAUCAGUUUCUUCAAGCAAGGAAAACAAUUCAGCUAGUGCUUCUGAAUUAAUUCCACUUUUCCCCAAUCUAUUUCCACCUCUUCCAAGAAUGUAAUUAUAAUAAAAAAUAUAGCAAUGAUUACAACGUUGUAUUUAUGUAGUUCUCCCAUUUUAGAACUGGCCAGCUUUACACAUAAUUUCAUGCUCAAUUUCUUUGAAGACCUUGAAAGUGAAUCAGCGGUUGACAGUGAGCGCAGCAGCAACUGAAGUUUGUCUCGUCCAAACUCAUCUUAAAACGUUUCCUUCCAGUGGAAGGUCUUCUGUGUGUCUGUGAUGUCUUGAAGAACAAAAUAUGUGAAGGAAGCUGUACAUAAGAUUUUUAUGAAAGUAUGUUUUUUUUGUUUUGUUUUUGUAAUUUUAGGAUGUUUAAUGUGAUUUUUUUUUUCCUUUGUAAAAGAAGAUGCAGGGUUUCUUGUUUUUAACUUUUGUCUUCUGUCUGUUUGCACAAACUGAGCUGGAGUGACAUUUUGUACUUACAAACAUGUAUUGAUUAUGUGUUUAUGAAAUAGUUCUUUUUUUGUGUUGUGAGAAACAGAAUUGACUGUCUGUGGAAACACACUUACGGUAUUUACAUCAUUAAAACAAAUAUGACACUGGAAUUACUAUGAAAGUAAACUUUUGGAUAUAAAGAAUAUGCUUACAUGAA